AAGAAAAAUAAAAAAGACACAGCAUGCGAGGAUGGCAAUUGGCAAAGCCAAGCAGUCAAGAUUCAGAGAUUGGGAGAGUCAACAUGGACCGCACUAAGAAACCCGGUAAUGAUCUGGUCAAACAUUAAAAAUGCUGACCGACAGCUGCCUGUGACAUCCACUUUCUUGACGUGGCAAAAACUCUAGUCAUUAGAAUCCUCGACGACCUGUUAUCGCCGGCGGUUUUUGAAGUGCUCUGCAUCUUCUGCUCACCAAGCCAAACUCUACCACAACCCACAAAAAAAAAAAAAAAAAAAAAAAAGGGAAAAAAAAACUCUGAGAUUCAACAUCAUCAACAAAGCCCUGUAUUUUUAUUGUUUGGUCAUCCUUAGAAAGUUGCCACAACUUUGGAGGCAAACCAUGGGGGAGUCACUGGGGCUGCUUAAAAUUGUAGUUGUGCAAGGGAGAAGACUGGUAAUCCGGGAUUUCAAGAGCAGUGAUCCUUAUGUUGUAGUCAAGUUGGGCAGUCAGACAGCCAAAACCAGGGUUAUCAACAGUUGCCUUGAUCCUGUAUGGAAUGAAGAGCUGAGUUUCUCCCUCAUGGAACCUGUUGGAGUUCUAAAUUUGGAAGUGUUUGAUAAAGACCUUUUAAAGACAGAUGACAAGAUGGGACAUGCUCACCUCAGCCUUCAACCAAUAGUUUCUGCUGCUAGAUUGAGGCAGAUUCUACGGGUUUCUUCUGGGGAGACAGUUCUAAGAAAAGUCAUCCCGGAUACUGAUAAUUGUCUUGUAAGGGAAAGCUCCAUCACUUGUGUUGAUGGUGAGGUGGAGCAGAGUGUUUGGUUGAGGCUUUGUGGAGUUGAGUCUGGUGAGAUAGAGCUGAAAAUCAAACUGGUGGAUCCACCUGUUCCUGUUGCUCCCUCAAGAUAGAUAGAAAAUUCUAGUUGGCUUGUUUGUGUGGACCUUCUAACAAUGAAGAACUGAAAAUCUCUAGUUUUUAGAAACCCCAUGUUUCAACUCCAUUUUCAAAUUCAAGGUGAGCUUCAAUGUAGUUUAGCAAUGACUUUGCAACGAAUCUGGACUUGGUGAACGAGAUGCUGCAAGACUGAGACAACCUAUGUAAUUUGUACAUAAGGUAGUAUGUGGAAUUUCAUGGGUUUGAAAUUGUUGUAAACUCCAAAAGACACACACCUUACAGAUCAACUAUCAUCAACUCUCAGUUUCAGUUUCUUUUU